AUGCUUGAAAAGAAACCGAAAUCAGGCUUUAAACGUAUUCUUGGUGUAACUGCGAAGACUAUUUUCGUUAUCGAAGCUUUAGGAAUAGCCGCAUCUUAUGGAUUAUGGUUCAAAUUAAACACUGAAAGAGAUUUUCGUCUGUAUAUGUACAAGAAUUAUAACUGGAUUCUAGAAGGAUAUUACAAAGUGGGUGAAACACUGGCAGAACAAAAGACCCGUGAACUUGAUAACCAAGUCUGGACCAACGAAGGCAAGAUA